AUGGCACCCAUAUCACCUUCUCCGUCCCGCUCCGCUCUCAGGAACAAGGCACACCGAUAUCGCAUGCUCGCCCACCUACUCUCCAUACUAGACCGAUACCUCUCCUGGCCACUUCCCCCAGGACCAAGCGUCGGAAUUGCUAUUCCGUCCACAGUCAGCAAAGCCCCGGGAUCAAUCCAACUAUACUUCUUCACCGCACUCUCAAACCCCCUCUAUCCUCGCAAGCAAACCAAGCCAUGCCCACCCCGUCCCGUCCUCAUCAACUUCCAUGGCGGAGGCUUCUCUGUCGGCCAUGCUCGUGAUGAUGCCCGCUGGGCCGGUACCGUGGUAAAAGCCUACCCAGAUGCUGUGGUUAGGACGGCGUCGAUGCUAUACUAUCAAGAAGCAAAGAAGUACAAUCUUGACAAAACGCGCUUUGUGCUCAGCGGAGCCAGUGCAGGCGGGAAUCUCGCUCUAGCAAUGCCAUUCAGACUGCACGAUGAACUACAGAAAAAGCGCUGGGCGUCGAUACGCGGGGAGGUAGCGUUGGCUGGUUUGGUAGUAUUCUACACCGGCACCGACUGGACACGAACGCGGAAAGAGCGCGACGCUACAAAUCUUAUCGCCCCACAAAAAUCCAUGAUUUCCCCUUCUUUAUUCAAGUUCUUCGACGAUUCCUACCUUCUCGCUGCGGGCCUACCGAAACGGCCGGGGACUGGCCGGGUGGAUAUGUCGCAUCCUUAUCUUUCACCUGGUCUGGCACCUGCAUCUCUGUUGCAUGCGGCGUAUCCGCCUGCUGUGGCGAUCUAUACUUGUGGGUAG